CAGCACCAUGAAUUCAAACUUCCUUCUGUCUAGUCCAAUCCGACCUACUCCCGAUCUUACGUGGCAACCACGAACGAGCGCCACGUACCCACGGGCCACGGCCAACCCCAUUCCGUGCAACUGCCGGUGACUGUAGCAAAACCCCCCACUGGGAUUAGCCGCGGGAAAGUCAAAAAUUAGUUAAAAGGUGUGAAUGGAGGGAACUUAGCCGUUUUUAACCGCAAUUCUUAGUGUCCACUCGUGUCACUUCUUCAAUCCCUCUCUCUCUCUCUAACUCUCUCUCUUCCAUCUUUCUGAUCACUUCGGCAUCUUUCAUCUUCCCCACUAUUCAUUCCUCUGUUAGGAAGCCUGAGUCGAUUUGAUUUUUUUCCCCCGUUCAAACGGAGUAAAGUUUGAAUCUUUUCGCCUAAUGACGUCGACGAUGAAGGGAGUGAUGCUCAGAACGGCCGAUGUGCAGCCGUUGAACCGGCGGCUCUACAAGGGGAAGUACGCCGAUCAGAGAACUGACCUCGUUUUCAUGGUAGAAGCCGGGAGAAGAAUCGGAGUUCGUUGUCAGCAGGACGAUCGUAGCAGCAAUUCGUUUGCAGGCGACUCGGUGAUCCGCCGCAAGCCCGAUGUCGUUAGGCGUGAAACCAGAGUGAAAGUUCUGAGCAGCCCGAUUUCAGAGGAGAAGACGCCGACAAUUAAGAAGAGGGUUUUCACGUUUGGGAAAGGGAAAAGUGAAGGCAACAAGAGCAUGAAAUCAUUGCUUGGAGGGAAAGGAGCGAACUUGGCCGAAAUGGCGACAAUCGGGCUCUCAGUCCCACCAGGACUCACAAUUUCAACAGAAGCAUGCCAAGAAUACCAGGAAAACGGCAAAAGUCUCUCAAACGGUCUGUGGGAAGAAGUACUGGAAGGUCUGAACAUAGUGGAGAACGACAUGGGAGCUUCCCUCGGCGAUCCUUCCAAGCCCCUUCUCCUCUCCGUUCGUUCAGGAGCCGCCAUCUCAAUGCCUGGAAUGAUGGACACCGUCCUCAACCUCGGCCUCAACGACGAGGUCGCGGCGAGCUUGAGCGCCAAGAGCGGCGAGCGUUUCGCCUACGACUCCUACCGCCGAUUCCUCGACAUGUUCGGGAACGUGGUGAUGGGGAUUCCGCACUCCUUCUUCGACGAGAAGCUGGAAUCGAUGAAGGAAGAAAAGGGAGCGAGGCUCGACACCGACCUCUCGGCCUCCGAUCUCAAGGAACUCGUCGAGCAGUACAAACAGGUCUACAUUUCUGCGACCGGCGACGAAUUCCCUUCCGAUCCGAAGCAGCAGCUGCAGCUCGCGGUACAAGCCGUAUUCGAUUCGUGGGACAGCCCGCGAGCGAAUAAGUACAGGAGCAUCAACCAGAUCACCGGAUUGAAAGGAACCGCGGUGAAUGUUCAGUGCAUGGUGUUUGGUAACAUGGGGAACACAUCAGGAACAGGGGUUUUGUUCACUAGAAACCCUAGCACCGGCGAGAAGAAGCUCUACGGCGAGUUCUUGAUCAAUGCUCAGGGCGAAGAUGUCGUAGCGGGGAUUCGAACCCCGGAGGAUAUCGAAGCUAUGAAGAAUUGCAUGCCGGAGGCGUACAAGGAGCUCGUCGAGAAUUGCGAAAUUCUCGAGCGGCAUUAUAAGGACAUGAUGGACAUUGAGUUCACAGUCCAAGAGAACAGACUAUGGAUGCUGCAAUGUAGAUCGGGAAAGCGUACCGGAAAAGGCGCGGUGAAGAUCGCCGUCGAUAUGGUGAACGAAGGGCUGAUCGAUACUCGUAUCGCGGUCACCAGAGUCGAACCGCAGCACCUCGAUCAACUUCUACAUCCACAGUUUGAGUCUCCGGCCAACUACAAGGACAAAGUGAUGGCAAUCGGCCUGCCCGCUUCGCCGGGGGCAGCAGUCGGGCAAGUCGUGUUCUCUGCAGAAGAUGCAGAGGCAUGGCACGCGCAAGGAAAGAGCGCGAUUCUGGUGCGAACCGAGACGAGCCCGGAGGACGUCGGAGGGAUGCACGCCGCGGCCGGGAUCCUGACGGCGAGAGGCGGGAUGACGUCGCACGCCGCCGUCGUGGCUCGAGGAUGGGGGAAAUGCUGCGUCUCCGGCUGCGCCGAUAUCCGCGUCAACGAUGCUGAGAAAGUUGUGGUGAUUGGGGAUAAGUUGGUAAAAGAAGGGGAGUGGAUUUCGCUGAAUGGAUCGACUGGAGAAGUUGUAUUAGGAAAGCAGCCGCUAGCUCCUCCUGCUUUGAGCGGCGAUCUGGAGACGUUCAUGGCUUGGGCCGACGAGAUUCGAAGGAUUAAGGUGAUGGCGAAUGCUGAUACUCCGGAAGAUGCUCUCACCGCUAGAAACAAUGGCGCUCAAGGGAUUGGACUCUGCAGGACUGAGCACAUGUUCUUUGCUUCUGAUGAAAGGAUCAAGGCAGUGAGGAAGAUGAUAAUGGCGGAGACACAAGAGCAAAGGAAGGCAGCAUUGGACCUGUUGUUGCCUUACCAGAGGUCCGACUUCGAGGGCAUUUUCCGCGCCAUGGAUGGUCUUCCUGUGACGAUAAGGCUGCUGGACCCUCCGCUGCACGAGUUUCUUCCCGAGGGCGACUUGGACCAGAUCAUCGGAGAGCUGACAGCCGACACGGGAAUGACGGAAGACGAAGUCUUCGCCCGAAUCGAGAAGCUAUCGGAGGUGAAUCCGAUGCUUGGAUUCCGCGGUUGCAGGCUGGGAAUCUCGUACCCUGAGCUAACCGAGAUGCAGGCACGAGCUGUGUUCCAGGCCGCGGUUUCGAUGACCCAUCAGGGCAUCAAAGUUUUCCCUGAGAUCAUGGUUCCCCUUGUUGGAACUCCACAGGAGUUGGGGCAUCAGAUUGGUGUGAUACGAGAAGUAGCAAAGAAGGUGUUCUCCGAGACAGGUCUCACAUUAACAUACAAAGUCGGGACCAUGAUCGAGAUCCCCAGAGCAGCUCUAGUUGCCGACGAGAUCGCAAAGCAAGCUGAGUUCUUCUCGUUCGGAACCAACGACUUGACCCAGAUGACGUUCGGGUAUAGCAGAGACGAUGUGGGCAAGUUCCUCCCCACAUACUUGGCCCAGGGCAUUCUCCAGAGCGACCCGUUCGAGGUUCUUGACCAGAAAGGAGUUGGCCAACUCAUCAAGAUGGCCACCGAAAAGGGCCGAUCAGCCAGGCCUAGCUUGAAGGUGGGGAUAUGCGGCGAGCAUGGUGGGGAGCCAUCAUCCGUGGCAUUCUUCGCAGAAGCUGGACUGGACUAUGUUUCUUGUUCACCAUUUAGGGUUCCAAUUGCUAGGCUAGCAGCAGCUCAAGUGGCAGUUUGAAGUUGGUAGGAUUGGAAGGAAAGAACUCACAGAAAGAAGCAGCUGGUGAAGUUUGUCAUUCAUUCAUGGCUAAUUGGGUGGAAUAUGUAUAGAAUUAAUUGAUUCUCCAGACCUCAGUACUUACUUGCGGAACAAGCAAAGGAGGGUUUAAUACUCUGCUAUAAUUUUCUUCAAUUCCUGGUCGUUGGGGAAUUGUAAGCCCCAGGGAGAAGUGUUGUACUCUGUGAUUUUGAAUAAGCUGCUGCUUCACUUCCAUCUGUUUGCGUAUACAAGAUGGAAAUAACAAGUAAAUGUAAAAAAUGGAUGCAACUUGUUUCAGUAAGCUUACUUUUGGUCAUAAUACUAGGUUCAGUGUGGAAAUUGCAUGGAUGAUUAGUCAGAAUUUAUUAAAUCAGAAGACGAUCAGCUUCAAGAUAUUCGAUAAAAUUAGAACGAUGUG